AAGGUAUGUAGGGAAAAUCAAAAUGUUUAGUUACGAAGACCACGUGACCAUGGCUUUGGCCCAAGAUGUAGUUAUAAUAUUUCUAUGCAUAUGUGGGAUCGGCCUCAAUACAGCUAUGUUGGGAUUGUUCUGUGUCAAGAAACAGGUCCGAGGUUCCAUAUACACCACAUAUAUGAUUCAAAUCGCCGCAACAGACCUCAUUGUUUGCUUAGUAUGGCUCAUUAUGACAUCACUGUUCCUACAUGAACUACCAACGGAACCAACUUUGCAAGCUAACGCAGAGCCUCCCCCCACCUCUUCUCUCACGUUGUACAGAUUCAUAUACGCGGUGUACAACUUCCAUUAUUACAUCAAUAUCUUUCUGCUUGCCACGAUGAGUGUUGAACGGUGCGUUGCCGUGUGGAAAUCACUCAGGUGCCAACGAUAUCAGUUUAAUCGGAAAUUUAUCUACGGUGUUAGUGCCUUCAUGUGGUUGAUAGCAUUCUCAUGCGCACUGCCGAGCUUCAUUCGACUCGAUCUCGUUACUGACAACAUAAACAUCACACGACCGGCCAACAUGAAGGUAGCAGAGACACACAUGUACAUGAAAUGUUACGAACCGCUCAAACACGCAUCUGACAACAACCUCACUUAUGUAAUGGAUUACGAUGGAAUAUCCGCAGUGGAUUGCUAUGAUAUCAUGCAGGAGGAUUAUUUAUCAUUGAUUGAUGAGAUAGAUACUGGUAUGAUGGAUCCAAUGUAUGAGUACCAG